UAAUAAAUUCUAAAACAAAUAUGACUUCAUUUACCCGUACCUACUAGCACCCGAACUAGCAAGUUGAGAAAUGUACAAAGUCCACUACAAAAGAUUAUGACGUAUUACAAUGAUAGCAUCAUUUUUAGGCAUUGUCAUAUUUUUAAUAGCAUCGGUAGAACCUCAUAGCGAGGCUAUGAAAAACGAAGAAGAGUGCAAAGUAGCAGACUUGUGUGUGCACGACAAAGUGCCGAUGUGUGCCAUCGACUCGUGCGGAGAGAUGAGGACCUUCAUAGACACCUGUGACAUGCAUGAGUUCAACUGUGAUAGCAAGAAAGAUUUUAAGCAGAGGCCGAUCCACGAGUGCUGGGUGACAUGCAAGCGAGGGCGUUCCUUCAAGAAACCAGAAUACAGAACAGACUGUAAUCUUAAUCCCAAAUCUAGAUCGUAGUGCUUUGUAAUAAAAU